AUGGGCUUGGCGCGGAGCCGGUGGCGAUCAAGAGAAUGCGCGAGGCGAACGAACGAUAUGCGGAAGAGUUUCUGGGGGGCUGUCCCACCCGCACAUCGCCUGCCUGCACGACCACGACAUGGAGCCUUGUGCCAUUGUAACGAGGUGACUUUUGAGUCGACUCAAAAGUCUUCUCUGGGAAGGGGAGCUGUCGCACCUGCACCUCGCCUGCCUGCACGGCCACGACAUGGAGCCUUCAUAUCCCCACCACAACACCCCGCCAUCCCACGACCCCACCACCCCCUCAAAAUCCCUCACCUGCAGAAGGAGGUGAUCGUGCUGGGCCGCCUGAUCCACCUGCAUCUCGUGCGUCUGCACGGUUACUGCACGGAUCGCAUCCAACCCACCCAUUUUCUCGACUUGCUCCUCCAACCCCUCUCAAUCCCUCUCGUGCAGAAGGAGGUGAUCGUGCUGGGCCGGCUGAUCCACCUGCAUCUCAAAGAGGUGAUCGUGCUGGGGCGGCUGUCCCACCCGCUCCUCGUGCAUGCUACUGCAUGGAUCGCAUCCAACCCACCCAUUUUCCCAACUCCACUCCUCCAACCACUCUUAACCCCUCUCUUGCAGAAAGAGGUGAUCAUGCUGGGCCGCCUGUCCCACCUGCACGGUUACUGCAUGGACCCUUCACAUCCCUCUACCCAAUCUGUUUUGAGAUGUCUCAAAACUGUCCCACCUGCACGGUUACUGCAUGGACCCUUCACAUCCCUCUACCCAAUCCACCACCCCCCCAACCCCGUGCAGAAAGAGGUGAUCGUGCUGGGCCGGCUGUCCCACCCGCACCUCGUGCAUCUGCACGGCUACUGCAUAGAGCGAGACGAAGCUCUGCUCGUGUACGAGUUCAUGCCGGGGGGGUGCUUGGACAAAGCUCUGAAAGACAGUGAGUGGGGUGCGUGGGCGGUAACAGUCAGGAGUAGAUGCUGUAGUCACUUCUCCCUGCUUGUGUACGAGCUCAUGACUUCGGUGUGCUUUCACCUCUCUGCCGUUCCUGCUGCCCUCUCUGCCGUUCCUGCUGCCCUCUCUGCCGUUCCUGCUGCCCUCUCUGCCGUUCCUGCUGCCCUCUCUGCCGUUCCUGCUGCCCUCUCUGCCGUUCCUGCUGCCCUCUCUGCCGUUCCUGCUGCCCUCUCUGCCGUUCCUGCUGCCCUCUCUGCCCUGCCUGGUACCCUCACUGCCCUCCUGCCCUCUCCACCCCUUUCCUUAUCUCCUUCGUGCCUGUCAACCCCACCAGGUGUGAACACCCACCUCCUCCCACCCACCAGGUGCAAUCAGAGAUCUCCUCUGCACCUGGGACAAGCACCGCCUUCUUUUCCAUUUCCACUCCUCCAUACCCACUUUACCCUUCCUCCCGCCCUCUCCGCUCCCCAUUUCCUUCCUCCCCACCCACCAGGUGCGAAGGGAGAGCUCGUCUUUAGCUGGGACAUGCGGCUCAAGGUGGCGGUGCAAGUGGCAGAGGCGCUGACGUACAUGCACACACUCAACAUCAUUCACCGCGAUUUGAAAGCUGCCAACGUGCUGCUGUCGCCUGAGUACGAUGCGAAGCUGACAGACUUUGGCAUGGUGCGAGUGGGGCCGGAUAGGCAGCUGCGGUCGAUUGUAUCAACUCGCCUCAUGGGCACUCAAGGCUAUAUCGACCCCUCAUACAUGGAGACAGGUGAGUGA